AUGAAAACUUUGAAAUCAUCACAGAGCAGUCAGCAGCAUUAACAAAAUUUCGAUUUACAGGCAUCUUAAAAAAAGAAACCGUUUCCUGAAAGGAAUCUCCACUAUACCUCAAAUAAUUCAGUUCUUCCACUUUUAAAUCCUGCAGUCUAAAUUCAAAAUAGACAAUCAGAUUUAAUGCAAAAAAAUAAUAGUCAUCUUAAUCAUAGCAUGCAAAUAGGCUCAAAAUAAAGCUAAUUCAGAGACAACAAGAGUAGAUACUAAUAAAGAGAUGGAUUAAGAGGCAUUUCUCCUCAUAAUGAUUUUGAAUCUGGCAUAUCCUUAAAACCAAACUAGAUACUUGAUCCUAUGGAAUUCAAUUAGAAUGCUUAAAAGCUUACUCCAGCUGGAAAGGCUGUGCUUAAGUUUCCAUAAACUCAAACUAACAACAACUUACUCGUGUAAGAUUAAGAAAGAGGUGAUUACUUGAUUAAUAAUCUGAACUAUUUCCAGCCAGUUAGCAACAGACAAUUAGGAUUAUAUUCGUUAAGAGCUUCAUCACAAAUUAAAAGACCUGAAUAUAAUCACAAUUAUGGAAGUCUUAUUAAUCAAUAAAAUCAUCAGUAAAUUCCAUUGAACUAUUUAUAAAAUGGCAGUAGAUCUUUAUUAGACUAAACCUCUUCAUAGCCUCAUCUCCAAAAGUUCAGUACAAAUAUGUAUGAUACCAAAUCGAGAGUACUUGGCUAAAGAUUUAGUGUGAAUUCUUCAAUAGAUGAACUUCAUAAUAAUGGCUUGGAUCUCAAUAAUUGA